AUGCAACAAGAGCAAGAUCCGAGUUCUAUCAGGCUGCAAAUACUAGAAGUACAACCGGAACAAAGUCCUAAAGUCAAAGAAAUGUCAACAGAGCUUAAUCACCAACGAGUAAUACGAAAUCAAGAAACAUUACCUAUCAAAGUGCAAGUACCAGAAGUACAACAAGAACAAAGUCCUAAAGUCAAAGAAAUAUCAGCAGAGUAUUGUCAACCACGAGUCAUACAAAAACAGGAAAUAUUACAAGUUCAAAUGAAGCAAGUAACGCAGCAACAAGAUCCAAGACCUAAUAGUGUACAAAAGGCGCAACGACACCGAGAUCCAAGUCCCAUCAUGGUAGCACCUGAUGUAAAACAACAUCAAGCUACACAAGAACAAGCAGCACAGCACCAAGAUCUAAAACAUAUCAAAAAACAAAUACCAGAAAUACCACGACAACCAAAUCCUAAAUUCAACGAAAUGCCAGCAGAAUUUGGUCAACAGCUAGAUAUACAUGAGCACGUGGCACAACAGCAAGAUUCAAGACCUAGUAGCAUGGAAGAAGUACAACGACACCGAAGUGCAAGCCCUAUCAAUGUACCGCCAGGUCCAGAUGGAAAACAGCUACUAGAUACCCCAGAGCACGCAGUACAAGAAGUGUUUAACAUCUCGCAAGAACAACCACCGUCAAAGACUUCGCUAAUACCAUGGAAGCAAAAGGAUAAAAUUAUCAAAACGAAUUCAACAAAAGGUCAAAUAUAUGAUGAAAUACUUAGUCUUACCCAAUCAUUACCAUUAACACAACUACCACAGCAAAAGGAAAAAACAAUCCGCCUUCUAAAACAAGUAGGAGUAUGUUACGAGUAUCACGCAUCGAAAAAUCCACCUAGUAUUCAAAGUCGACAACAACAAGUGAAACAGCGAAGUGUAUUUCAACAAGACGAUCAUCACACCAAAGAGCAACACGACUUUUAUAAAAUAUAUAAGAGUCCAAAGCAACGUCACAGAAAUCACGCUGGCAGGUAA